GGCCUUUCUCAAUUCGUGUUCGACUGUCGGGUGGAACGCAACGUGUUUGUCCGUCGUCUAUGGUGUGUCUCGUAGUGCUCGGUCCAAUCCGUGAGCCGUCGCGUUUUGUUCCGUUUGCUGUGGAAUUGUUCUUGUUGUUAUUGUCGUCGUAUUCCUCCUUCUAGCCACCCAUUUCGGGAAAUUGUGACUCGGAGGACCCUGCCUGCCACACGAUCGGGACUGGGAGCGGGUGGAGAAUGCAAUCGAAGGCAAAGGCAGUGAUGCGUGUGUGACACAUUUGAGAGCGCAGACCUCCUCCUUCGUCGUAUGGGUAGUUCGUCGGUGAAUGCAAUUUCGCGCAGAGUUGUCGUCGUCGUCGUCGAGCGUGUGGAGUCGUGCGGGGAGUUGGUGAACUCUGUGGGCCGGUUGUUGCCUUCCUGGAGAGUGGACCAUUUUAGUCAGCGCGGGGGGUCAUACCACAGAGAAACGUAAUAGAUUUUCCAACUGUGCGGUUUCGAUGUUUCAAUUUCUGCUCCGGGUAACGCGCGAGAGUGUGCAUUAUUAAUUUUCCUGAUUGCGGCCAGAUGAAAUGAUAAUGUCGACCUGUGUGACUGGGUGUAGUGUCUUUGUUCAUCAUCAACGAUCGGCGGCGAUACGCGAGUGAAAGAUAAAUUGUGCCGUGUAAAUCGGUAUCUUCGGCAGGUCUGGAACGACAAUAAAAAAAAAGUUUCUAAUUUUCAUUUCGCGUGAUUACUUUCGGCGUUUAUUGUUGUUGAAAAUUUUCAUCUCUUGUGUUGCGAAGAUAACCAGAAAUGCUGUGUUGCAGUUAAGUGAUUGUUUGUGUUUUCUGAACGAGGAGAAAUUGUUUUUUCUUCAAUCGAAUGUGAUAAUCAAAUUCUUGUUGAAGUCAUCGGUUGUUAUAUAUUUUGCAAAACGCUAGAGAAAGGAAGAGAUAGAAAACAAGUGCUGCUGCAAGUAAACUAGUCUAGUGCAUAUUGAUCGAUGAAGAGAGAAUUGCAAGUGCAGAAAAAUAAAUAGAAACGAGUGUUCGGUGUAAAAUAUGUUUACACGGUCUGAGUGAAACGGAAUAACAGUGAGCUAAAGGAAUCAAAACCGGAUCAAAACACGAUUUUCGCAUAUUUUGCUGUAUUUUUUUCGUCGGAUCUUCUCGUUAAUUGGCUACAGACAGUGAAACUCGUAGAUCAACGAGACCUUCUGAAAUUGCAAAGUGAAUAAUUUUCAUUUGGCACGUGCACUGCUUCGCUCGGGUCACCAGGAAGAUUCCCUUGUUCCCGAUAUUACGCACGAAAAAGAAUACAGGUCAACAGGGAUCUGGGUGUCCCACUGACAGUGAAAGAGCCGGAGAGAUAUCCUUGCCAACGUGCGCCGCUGUGCUGGUGGUAGUGCUGUGUUGACGGAUACAUACGCAGCAUCCACAAAGUUCAAGGUAAUUUCAUCCUCAAUAGUUUCAAUCGUUGUAAGCAGAACUUUGUGUUCCACCGAAUUGCCUCAAAUCCACUAGUCACGGAGCACUUACCCUCGACCCUCUCUAUUUUUCAUGCCUUCCCCUGUGUCAAUAUGUCAGCCGGAUUGAUGUCGUGUGUUCGCGAGAACUCGCCACCCCUGGAAAGCCCCCCAGCCACACCCGGAACCGGAGCCAACAACAGUAGCAGCAACAGCAACAGUGGGCAUGCCACUGCUGGCAGUCACAUCGGUAUAGCCUGCACAGCCGGCGGUAGCAUCCUGGACCCAAACGACAUACCGAUCACAAUUACCACACCCGAGCAUCACCAUCAAGCAGCCGCCGGUGAUACCGGUACCACCCGGCGCAAGCGAUUUCAUCCACUGCGUAACCUGAGGCGAAUUUUCCGCCGUCGCACGGUUUCGUCAGCCGAUGCCACACCACGGCAGUUGCUGGCCAAAAGUCAAACCCACAUCCACUUUGCGACGUCGGGCUGCUCGACCACCGAUGCCACCCUGCCACGAACGGGCCUCGGUGUACCGAUCACAAUCAGGGCCGACUCGGGGGGUGGCGGUGGUGGCGGCGGCGUAGGUGGCGUAGGAGCUGCCGGAUUUUAUAAACGGGAAACCUACCGCCUUCGGGACGCCGAUGACCUAGACAAGGAGAUGUCCGACUACCAAAGGAGCCUCAGCGAAGGCCGACUGGUGGAUAGUGACAUAAGUCGCGAUGGCUUGUCCCAGUCUCAUGACAGCGUGUUUUCGGAAUCCGCCGGUACGGCCAGCAGCCUAUCGAUAACACUUAAGAACGAACUGGCAGACGUAUUGCGCAAACGAAGAAAAGAUCGACACAAUGAGGCUUCCGACGAAGACUUGGGUCUACCACAGAGCCCAAUCACACCGCAGCGGAAGGAUCGGGGAAUCAACAAGAGUGAAGGAUCGCUCAGCAUUCUCAGCAUGACCAGUUCCGAUCUGGAUCUAGAGGAACGGUCAGCUUCCAAUGCCAGUGGGCAUAAUCUGCUACAUCUGGAUUCCUCCAGCUCCAGUACAUAUAACCGAUCGACUGAUAAUCAUGAUGAAAACGGUGGCGCAGAUUCUCCUUCAUCGAAGCUCAGCCAUUCAGCAGCGAAACACAAACUGGCCGUUCGACCGAAAAAGAAAGGACCAACACGUGCUCGACCUCGUCCACGAGAGUCGUCUGUCCUACCGGCUACGCCAGAGGUUAACGAAGAAUCGCUUAAGCUAUCCACGCUAGACAUUCCAGCGAAUCUGUCACCUAUUGCAAACGAAGACGAAGAGAAAUGCCACUCUCUGCCGUACAUAAAUCCAGGUUCUCUUACCACCACGACACAUUCUGUGCUAACAAGCAGUAGCAGCACAACCAUAAUCAAUAGAUCUCCGGCAAAACUACCACCACCAAUCAAUUCCAAACUAUCCGCUUCGGUGUCACUGUCUACAUCCGGAGAACCCAACCCCAAUACGUCCAUCUAUGUCAACAGGAAUAUUUCAAAGAGCUACGAUUUCAAUGGUCACAAUGGAGAGCAAUUCAUCACCGAAGAAAUAGAUCAGGUCACAGGCAAUAAGAAAGAAGAUGACGGAUUCUUCAAGAGAAUUCUCAACUACAGCUUUAAGAAGAAGAAACAUGAUCAAGGGAUGAAGGAAGAGCUGUCGUCUGUUAUUCCAGUAGCAUCAUCCAGGAAAGAAGAUAACACCAGCACAGUGUACAUCACUCCUGGUAUGAGUAUUGCUCCUGAGCCUAGUGUCAAACUUACGCUACCAGUUUGCGAGGCCGAUGUGCCCGACAUGAGCGGUUACAAGAAAAUCAAAGCGGGACCAGCAGCUAGACAAAGAGUCUUCCCGAAAGAUAUUUUCAACGCCGAAGUUGAUGCUCCACGCGAAGCACAGCGAUAUUCUUCCAACGUCGAGGUGAACCGCCAUUCGACGUCAUCCAAUGGAAGUGGAUCGAUUGUUAUCAGUGGUGAUACGAAAGCCAUGCAACAUAAAAGUGAAGAAUAUCUGGUGUCCAAAAGUCGAAAACUGUCCGAACGUAGCUUUGACGAUGAGGAUGAAGAUGAGGACAGUGGACGGAAGUAUCAUUCGAAUGUCGAUAAACAUAAAAAUCCCAAGAUUUAUGGGCUGAGCCCAUAUCAACAAAGAAUAGCAAAGAUCACAGUUAACCAGGCCGAAUCGCCUAAGGAAAGUCCUUCAAAACGAAAAGCAGUUGAAAAGUCCAAGAGCUUCCGAGUGUAUAGCGAUAGCGUAUCGAACAAUUUAACCAACGCUAACAACUUGCCUAGUCUACCCAAUUUGACCAACUCACUUUCUAUCGGAAACUUUACCAACAACUUCCUGGAAACCGAGCACAAAUUUUUCAGCAUGACAGAGAACAUCAAUGUUGGAAAUCAGAAAAUAUACAAAGAUUACAUCACCAACGUGGAUGAUCAGAUUGGCGAAGAUGGGCGUAUAAUUACAUCGAACUCAUCUCUGCAAAAAUUCGAAAUCAAUGACAAUAAUCUGCUAAACCCACGAGAAGAACAUAUUGAUCAUCAGCCCAAAUCGAUAGUGCUGACCACAAACACAAUUGCUCCACCGGAACCGAACGGUAUUCUGCACAAGUCAAACCAAAACAUCUCUCAGAUUGAAGAGACCAUCGACAAGCUGGUGUCAUCACCUUUCGUAAGCAUAAUCAAAGACGCAACGGGAAGCAACGAUCGGCUAGAUCAAGUGGAUCCACAGUUGCUGAGCAAUAAUGUGCCCGAGUUCAUGAAGAUUCAAUUGAACCGUGUCGAUACGCCUCGUGCCAAAUCGACUGUGGUGCUAUCAACGUCGACUCCUUUCAGUAGUACGUCAUCAACUCCGUCACCUAGUCCUGCAUUGCCGCUCAGUUCAGGCGAUGAAUCUAUCAAGACCAGGCGAUUCAGUAAUGAGAAUAUCGAGAUUACAGAGAGCAAGCCACCAUUGCCACCGUCAGCUGCGAUUGUCGCUGCCAGGAGUAGUUUUGUUGAACCACCAAAGAGCCCUCCAGCCUUCAAACGAGCUGAGGUUGGAUCCAAGCGAAAUUCGGUGAAUCUGUCUCAGGAAAUUGCUGACGACAGGAAAGUGAUACUGCAACGCAGAACCUCUGUAACAGAAGAAAAGAUAAAAUAUGAACGUAGAAUUUCUUCUUCAUCAGAGGAUAUUAAAAUAGAGAGGAAAAAGUCUGGAUCAGAAGAAUUACUGGAAAAACGAAACAGCAACUACAACAGCGGCUCCAGUAGUGGGGAUGAGUUGGUUGUGUUACGUAAGAAAUCGAUCGUGGAUUCGAUCAAAGACAAAGAUAAGGAUACGCCAGAGUUGAUGAAAGUGUUUGCACGGAGAUCAUUGAAGCUACGAUCUGAUGAAGAAUACAGACCUGGAGAGGCAAAACCUUUGUCAAACGUCGAUAGUGAUAAGGAGAACCAAUCGAGUGAGGAAAAGCUAGACAAGAUCGUAAAGCCCGAAAGCACACCAAUUGGAAAAAGUAUAAACAAGGAGCACACCGAUGGGAAAACCACGCCGGACAACAGUUCCAGUGAAGGCCAAAGGAAAAGUUCUACAAAGCCGUUCGGUGUUCCUAAUCGAUUCGGAAACACUGCCAACGUGCAAACCAGAAACACCACGUCAUUUGUGGAACUUCGAAAGUCACUGAUUCCUAGUCCCACGGUAACUGCAAGUGCUAAUACCAAUAACAACAACAAUAACAAUAUUUCGAAGACUACGACGGACAGUAACGAAAACAGUAGUGUUAAUGGAAUCAAUAAUAACAACAGCAACCGCCAUACAAUUGCCACAAUGAAUCAGUUCAAUUUGAAUGCUAACAAUAACAAUUCCACCACUAGUACCAAUGGGAACAGUACAACAAUCGAAGCCAUUGGAGAAGCAAGUGAAUUUAAAGGUAUAUUACAGAGACGAGCUGAAUGGGAAAAGCGAGCCAAGGAAGGUUUUAAAUAAGGCACCUCGGAGAAAACGUUUUGAUUCAUGCAAGCUAGAACCCACUGUAGAUCAGUGUAAAAUGUGUACUGUAUGUAGAAUAGCUGUCGUUUACACAUGGCUCAAUAAACACUUGCUCACUGGUGUUUUUCACUUUAUAUGAACAUUCACACUGUACAUCUAACAACAUGUGAAACACGUUAUUUACUAUCAAUAUACCAGAUUUCUAGUAAGAUUAAAAGCUUCUCAGUGUUUCGUGUAUCUCCCCACCGAGUUGGAAACAUUCUUCUACAAAAGAGUAGUGACAUAGCUAUGAUAGUUUUGACCAUGCAAGUGAACAUAAGGUGCAUUUGAAAUGCAAGAUUGUCGCUGUGAAUGGAACUGAUUCUCUCUUUUUCCAUGAAGUAAACUGCUUAAUCAGCAUUCAGUGCAUCAUAGCACGCGGAAGUCUCAUUUUUAUUUUCCACACUCGCUACUAUUUCAACUUGAAGAUGCGUUUCAAUCGAAAAACUUAUGUUUGUGUAAUUCAACUUGGGACAAACAUAAGAAGAAAAGAUUACUGCAAUUCCCGAUAUAGAAGUGCACACCCGAAACGAUAAUCAAAAUACGAAAUUAAUUUCAACACUAAACAAAUGUGAUAAAAUAUUAUAGUUAUGUAAACAAAUAUUGGAGCGCGAUAUUUUUGUUAGAAUCUAUACUAAUGCGUGAAAUUGAGCUUUAUUGUCUGAUUAUUCCCGUCUUUAUACAAUCCAUGAUAAUAACGAUUUUUCUACCCAACGGUCAAAUCGGUUUUACUCACCAAUUAAAGUUUUCCAUUAUAUUAGUUUAGUAAGCGUGGUUACGCCAACGAAAGCUGUUGAUUCAAGUUUAUACACAUAAAAGCUGUAAAUACCAAACGUUUGAAAUGGACUCCGCUAUUCGGUUUAAGUCCGGGUUCGUCGGCAGAACCAGCUUCUGUAAAAUCGAAGAAUGGACAUAUUUAUACACAUAAAGAAACCAAUAUCACUUAGUCAUAGCGUAAAAAAUGUUGAGAAAAUCCGUAUGUUUAAAAAAUGUAACUGAAUCAAAAACAUGUUGAACAUAGAUGAGAGAUUGAUCAGAAAUAAUUUAAGCUCAUGAAGAGCAGGCGAUAUAAAUAUAUUUACCGAUUGUUGUAAUAUUUUACCUUUUCAAAUUUUUCAAUCUUUUCACAUUGUCUUCACGAACUCAUUCACCAAUUCAAACACCUGCAUACCAAGAUUUCCAUCCGUGUAAACAGUAGAUGGAUAGCGAUAGCAAAUAAAGAAAAUGGCUAACUGCUGUUAUCCAGUUAGAAAUGAAAUGGUAGAGUAGGAGAAGACCCAAGUAGCACUUGUAACUUAGGAAAUAUAUUAGAAAAAUAAUAAAGAUUGCAUAGCCGUUUCACUUCAGACUAAUCGUAACAAUUCUAUUUUUGCAGUAUACAUUCUGGUUGCACAGACAUCACAAUGCAACCUUAAUUUUGCAGAAGCUACAUUAUUGUCACAUGGUGGCUUUCGUGAAACAUGCUCUUGAACUGUCAAAUUUAAAAAGUUGCAUUCUUGACAUCAUCCUGUUACAUUGAAACCAAAAACCAAAACAAAUGACCAGACUAGUUGCUGCGAAGUCGAUGUUUGGUUACCAUGUAUCAUGUUACCGAAAGUCGUUUCCAAAUGACGACAGUGUAACUUUUUUUUGUUUCAUUGUGAGCACAUAUGAGACGCACAAAAACGUACGAUUACUUGGUCACAAAUGUGCAACUCGCCAGCUACUAACAGAUUGAGAUCAACACUGCAUGUCAAAAGUAUCAACUAAUUAGAUAUGUUUGUAUGCUAAAACUUAAGCAAUAAAUUCGAUGUUUUGACCUUAUGACGUCAAGAUGCAUUUGACAAUACUUGCUAUAAAAUUUUUAGUUUAGAGUGCUGUAUAAAAUAAUGUAUGAUGUGGAUAUUGAUAUUUUCAGACAUCCAACCGGCAAUGUAGGUUCUGCUCAGUCAUCACAAUGGCGAUUACUUGUUUCUGUUACAAAAAAACUGACAUAAAAUUACUCUCAAUUAUGAUUUUGGAGUCUUAAUCAAACAUAAUAGAAAGAAAACAAAUCACAUUUGACGAAAAAAAAACCUGGCAAGCCUAAUACCCUUGUUCCCAUUAUAAUGCCGUUUAACAAAUCAGUACGACAUGCAAAUGUAUAUGCUGAAAUUAACGAAUUUUGCAAGCGCGCAGGUUUUCUGUUACUAAAAUUGGCAAUUUCGCCGGAAAAAUGCAAUUGCCAGGCUCAUUUAGGAUACCGACCAAAAAUAUUUCCAUUUUUUUAGCGACACUUUAUUCAAUCGCCAUUGCUAUACUUUGGCGGAUCCAUCAUCCUCAUUUUCCAUAGUUGUUAUGUCGAAACCAGCAAUGUAACUUUGAGUUUAUUUUUCUAUUGCAGUGUAAACAAACUACAUUACACAUUGGUUACAAUCUAAUUCUUAUGUAACGAACAACAUGUUGCACAGAGGCUCCACCUCCUGCGCUGUUUCGGUUGCAUAGCUGUGAGAAUCGAUGUUGCAGUCAUUUAGAAUCGACUUUUGCAUUUGUCGCAUAGAAAUGACCGUGAUUUAGUUGUAACAAAGUGUGCUGCUUGGGGAGAGUAGCAAUAGCAUUCAGUGUACAUGUAACUCUUAAUGACGAUACAUUAACUGCUAAUAAACUAUAUAUGACGAAAAAUAUAACCUUUCCAAAUUUGA